UAUAAAGAGGAAGGGGAGAGAGUAGUACAUAAGAGAGGAGAAGUGGGUAGAUAGAGAGGGACAUACAGGGAGCCUGAAAGGUCCUGGAUCAGACACUCCAGCAGUGCUUUAACUUCUGACUGAUCUUGAAAGUCCCGCAUGAUCCACCCCCUCUGAACAAAAUGAAAGUAGUUGCUUUGAUCAGUGGUGGAAAGGACAGCUGUUACAAUAUGAUGCAGUGCGUAGCAGCUGGACAUGAAGUGGUGGCAUUAGCUAACCUAAGACCUGCUCCACACAAAGAUGAGCUUGACAGUUACAUGUAUCAGACUGUGGGACAUGAAGCUAUAGAUCUAUAUUCUGAAGCAAUUGGCUUGCCACUGUACCGUCACAUUAUCCAAGGUAGCAGUCUGGCAGUUGGAAGAGAUUACAACAAAUGUGAAGGCGAUGAAGUGGAAGACCUUUACCAUCUUCUGAAAUUUAUUAAGGAAAAAGAAGGAGUGGAAGGAGUCUCAGUUGGUGCCAUUCUUUCGGACUAUCAGCGGGUCAGAGUGGAAAAUGUGUGCAGACGGCUUAAUCUUCAGCCUUUGGCUUACCUCUGGCGUCAAAACCAGGAAGAUCUGCUGAGAGAAAUGAUAUUGUCUAAUGUUCAAGCCAUGAUAAUCAAAGUCGCAGCUUUUGGUCUAGAUCCAGAGAAGCAUCUUGGGAAGACAUUGGACCAGGUAGAACCAUAUCUCAAACAGAUUUCUCAGCAGUGUGGAGUACACAUGUGUGGAGAAGGUGGAGAGUAUGAAACCUUUACACUGGAUUGCCCUUUAUUCAAGAAGAGAAUUGUUGUCGAUUCUUCAGAAAUAAUUGUACAUUCUGCUGAUGCAUUUGCACCUGUGGGCUACCUUAGAUUAUUGAAGUUUCAUCUGGAGGAUAAACCCAAUACACCAGCCAGCAUAGCAUUUGCUGAACGGAAGUCCUGUUUGUCUUGCUGUGAUCAGGAGAAUGUUGUAGAAACAGAGGACUAUAGAGACAUGUCAAAACUAGCGAUCACUUGGAAUCUCACCUCAAGUAGUUUCUGUGAUCUUGACAAGUUCAAUCAUUGGUCUGGGAACACAAAAAAUGGAUACCAAUGGAUUAGUGGAACACAUUUUCCCAUGGUAGGGAAAAACAUUAAUGAUGCAACGAAGCAGACAUUCUCCCUGCUUCAAGUGGAGUUGGCGAUGAAAGGGUACAAGUUCUCAGACAUCAUUCUCCUUCAUCUGUAUGUGAAGAACAUGAAAGAUUUUGGUAUCAUAAACUCAAUCUAUGAUUCCUACUUCAAUCUAAAUCCACCUGCAAGGGUUUGUGUGGAAGCUCCAUUACCUGAUGGAGUGGCACUUCAAAUUGAUUGCCUCAUCCACAAAAAUAACUUAACCUUGCAGGAUGCAAUUGAACAACGAAAGGAGACCAUGCAUGUUCAGAGCAUUUCACAUUGGGCCCCUGCUAACAUAGGACCUUACAGCCAGUCAGUUAAGGUUGGAAAUGAAAUAUUUUGUGCUGGUCAGAUUGGAUUGAUUCCAUGCACCAUGCAACUAAGCAAAGGGGGUGUCAGAUCUGAGGCUGCACUUUCGCUGAGCCAUGUCCAAAAAGUUCUAGAAGCUAUGAAAAGUGGAACAAAUCUAAAUCAUGUCUUGCUGGCAAGCUGUUAUGUCUCAGACAAGAAAUACAUCUCCAUUGUUGAAAAGUUCUGGCAAGAAAACCUAAAAGAACACACACAAGAGGAUCAAAUUUAUGGAGAGACAAAGCCUGUUUCGGGCCUGCUGAUAGUAGCUGUGUUCCCCCAUCUACCAAAAGAUGCUGCAGUGGAAUGGCACGUCAUUGCUGUUACUGAUGAUCCUUGUGAGAGGAAAUCUUUUAUCAUAAAUAAGAAAUCUGAUGGUUAUGCAAUUAACUGUGAGGUGAUUGUGUCAAGUUUGAAGUCAAAUGCUGCAAUCUCAUUGGCUGUAAGUCUUCUGCCACCAUCAACAAACUCUUUAAAUCUGAAGAGUAUGCUGCAUGAACUAGCUGUUGUAUUCCGGCAAGCUAUGGAUAAACUCCCUCAAGAUGUUAAGCUGCUCCCUCUGUGUUUCAAAACCUUUUACUGUGAAGAUGUCAUAGAUCCCAGCUUUGUACAAACAGAUUUGGAGAGAUCCCUAGAAGAUAUUCUGGAUUUAAAGUUCCCGCUGCUGAUUUUGGUGCCUGCAGCAGAUUUGCCUGGCCUAGAAAUUCUGCAUGUAUCUUGUUGGCUGAGCAGCUAAGGACUAAAGACAGGAUGGAGAAUUAUGACUUACCGGCUACUGUAAAUCCAUUUCCUCCGUUUUUUUUGAAAGAAUGAAAACAAAAGCAGAAUUCCACCUGUGUUUAUAGUAGCAGAUCCAACAGUGUGCAAAAGAAAGAACUUCAAACAACAGUUCGGUCAACACUGGGUCUAGAAUGUAACAAAGGGCUUCUUGUUCGUGGCCAAGUUUACUAUUAUGUUUAUUGGCAACCGAUAAAAGUAAGGCAGGAGAAAGGUGUUGCGUAUUACUGGAUUUAUUAUUACUAUUAAUUUAUGGAGUCAGCUAAAGGAAAGUCAGUCAGCUUCUGUUUUAAUCUAUGCAGAAAGCAUGAACAGUGAUGUGCCUGAAUUUUGAUAUUAAAUGUAUAAUGUACAAAAAUUUAAAGUCAUUUUUAAUUUAUAACAAUUGUUAAUUUUUUUCUCCUCUUUAUAACAUUUCCAUUACUGUUGUGUUAUUGAUGUACAAUAAGUAAGCCGUCAGCUUCACUGAUAAGUGCGAUUAUGGUAAGGCUUAAGUCUUGACAUUUUUAACGCCACUCAUGUACCUCCUAUGAAUUUCACACCGUGUAAGAGAGCUUCAGGCAUUUGCGAACCAUUUCCCAAUGGUGAUUCCUCAUGUUCCUUGAUUCUGUGUGUGGGGUGUCAUAACCAAGCUUGACCCUAAUUUCACUGACCUCAGGAUGCACACUCUUGUCAAUUGGCCAUAAGGGAUGAAAGUCCUCUAUGACUUCCUUCUGCAUGCCCUCAAAGAUAUUGUGGCACUUCUACCAACAUCCAAGCCAAAAAUCAGCUGAUUCAACUGAAUCUGGAAGUUAAGCAUUGGAAGGACAUGCAUGAUUUUUGUAUGUCAGCUACCCACUGUGUGAAUUCUCUUCGCCACAGAGAGCCAAUUCUGAGAUUAAUACAUGUAGCUGUACCUGUGGCUCAGCAGCACACAAAGAGAAAAAUGUUAUGAACAACCUUUGCUUUCUACUUAAUUCAGCAUUUGUACAAAAAUAGAAAGGCACUUGCCUAUUAAAGCUCAAUCUCCCUAGUGAGUCAUUUUGAUCUCAGACUUGAAAGUGUUAUGAAACAUGCUUUAGAAGCUGUUAGAAAAGACAUUCGUUUUCAUUGGCUUUAUAUGUUGUGUAAUAAAUCCACACAAGUUACUGUACAGGUUGAACAACUUGAGAUUUCUGAGGUAGCUGAAGCUAUCUUGCUUAUGAAGAUAAAUUAUAAAUGUUCUGUUUUUGUGUGUGAAAUACCCAUUUGAUUGUUCUUUGAAGCUGUUUAAGAAUGGCCCAAGUUCACUGUCAUCGUUAGCAUAGGUUCAAUAUUGUCAAGAUUAUAAUACCAAACUCACCACCCCGAAAUAAAGCAACUUGAAUCCAAUAAAUCUGGUCAUUUGUGAGCUAGCAACAGAAACUAUGACCACCAAAGUUACUACUGUGGCAUGGAUCCCAAAUGUUUAUGAAUGUAUUUUAGAGAGAUUCUAACCCAAUCUAACUACAAGUUACUCUGAUCGACUUUAAUACCAUCUUUUGUGUCCCAGCAUGCUAUCGAUUGAUAGGUUCACACUUAGCCAGUAACGCUAACAUCCUGAGAGUAAUAUUUUUAAAUGGUGCUUGUUCUAUGCAUGCAUAUCCAUAUUUUCUCCUCCAACUUUGUGUAAUUUUUUGAUUUCUGUUACCUUACGCACGAGUUCUACUACUUCCUUUAUCAAAACAUUCAUUGAUAAGUCCAUGUGGGCAAGACUGUGAAUUCUCCUACCACUGUUUUAUGCUGUCAUGGAAACGUAAGAAAAACUAGCAGGAGUAGGCUAUUUGGCCCUUUGCACCUGCUGUAGUAUUCUUUUUGAUGAUGGCUGAUCAUCCAACUCAAUACCUUUUUCCGGCCCUUCUCCGAUAUCCUUUGAUCCCUUCAGCCCCAAGAGCUGUAGCCAACUCCUUCUUGAAAUCAUGCAAUGUAUUAGCUUCAGCUGCUUUCUGUGGCAGAGAAUUCCACAGGUUCACCUUUUCUGGGAGAACAAAUUUCUCCUCAUCUGUCUCCUAAAUGAUUCACUCCGUAUUCCUAGACUUCUGACCCCUGGCUCCUGACUCCUUUGUCAUCAAGAAUGUCCUUCCUGAAUUUACCCUGCUGUACUGUUAGAAUUUUAUACAUUUCCCUGAGCUCCACCUCAUUCUUCUGAACGCCAGUGAAUAUUAAUCCUAAACCAAUUUAAAGAGUCCUCAUCUCUCAGUCCCACCACCCCAUCCUUGUAUUAGUGUCUUCACCUAUUACAAAAGUAUCUGUUUUGAUCUAUCUUGAGGAUAAAUCUGCUUGCACGUGAUUGAAUUCUGAAUCAAGUGAUGUUCAUGAUGUCAGAAAAUUAGAGUAAUUACUGACAGUGUAGUGACCUAUGGAAAAUUAUUACUAUGCAGAUAUGAGACUAAGUACAAUAGUUAUAACUAAUGUGACUGAAUUUCAGUAAGAGGGUUUACAUUGUCUUUACAUAUGCCAUGUUUAAUAAUCAGUCUUUUCUAUAUAGUAAGUCAAAGCAAACUAUUUGGUGCAUAGUGACAUUUAAUACAGGUUAUGUAGAAAUAAACGUGAAAACAGCACCAGUAAGCCUUGCCUUAAGCCUAAUAUUCAUGCUUUGAGAAAAAACUGAUUAAAAUAUUAAUUACUCCACCCCAGGAUUACUUGGAUAAUAUGAUUAAAAUUUCAGAAUACAUUAAUAUUAAAAAUUGUAAAGAAAACAAAAGAGACUAUUUCACGUAAUAAGAGUAAAAUAUUGCAGAUUCAGGAAAUCUGACAUUUUAAAAAAAUGUUUGAAAUACUCAUCAAAGUCAGCAGCAUCUGUGGAAAGAGAAACCAGUCCACAUUUCAAGUCAAAUAUGAUUUUCCUUCAGAGCAGAAAGAUGUUAGAAUGAUGGAUUUUAUGCCAUUGAAAGCUGGAGGGCGGAUAGAAUACUGUAUAGUGUGGGAGAGAUUAAAUGACAAAGACAUCCUGCAAAAAAUGCAUAGAGGCGUAAUGGCUGUAGUAAAGAAGAAAAUAUUGAAGCAGAGUCUGGUGUUGCUUUAUUUGCUGUCUGUAUUACAUAUGCAUAGUACCUUUGUAAAUAAUCAGUACACAAACAGUCAUAGAAGUAAAAUACUUUAGACUAAAGAGAUGUUUCUUCUUUCUCAGUUGGGACAAUUGUUAUUCUUUUUUUUAUAAAACUACCCAAAAGGUAUGGCAUUAUGUGGUUCUGUCUGUGACUGUGAAGAUAUAAAUGAGAUCAUAUAUUCAAAAGUUGAUCUUGUGCCAAUUUCUCAUUUUACCAGCUGCAGUAUAACUACAUCAGUAGAAAGUAGAAACAUUUAAUUUAUCUCUUUCUUUUGAAUGUGUGCCAUUUCGUUCCAGGAUUUCCAGUCAUAAGAACUAAAAAGGUAAUAUGAGAGGUAGCAUAAAUCACAAUUGAUGUGAACUCUAGAGCAUAUUUGUGCAGACUUUUAAGUAAUGUCAGUUCAUUGCACAAUAGCAGUGCAAAAGCUUGGUAUUCUGUGGCACUUAGGUCAUGAUUCCAGUUGACUUAGUACAGGAUGACGUGGGUAUCAAGUAAUACAAUACAAUAAUGACUUUAAUAACUCACAGCUAGCUAUAUGAACUUAAUUUCUGCUCAAUCUUACAACUCACCUUAAUAUUUUGUUUUUCCACUCAUGGGUAUCAAACAGGCCUGAAGUUCAUCUCACUUAUUGCAUAGAAUUUUGUAAACACUUGGGAAAUAACUGAAUUGUAUUCAUUGUAUGAGAGCUCGGUAUUCAAACGGGUAUAUUGGCAAUUGAAACAAGAGAAACCCUGAUGUAUGUGAGUUCCCUGACAUUGCAAAGUUGUUACAUAUGGGCAAUAUAAGAACACUCGAGUUGCUGUAAGUAGUUAUUAUCUUAAUCGUUUUAGACAUUUUAUGGAAACAUAACCUUGGAUUAGACCUGACAUAGUGGAUAGAAAGUGGUAUGUUUUAUCCUGGGUUGCAAACUGUGGAGGAAACAGCAGUGGGCUGUCUCCUGAGUAGGGAGAGCAGUGAACUGAAGCAGCCAUUCAAGGACACUGUGUUCCAAUCUGCAGUUUUUUUUAAAACUUGCCUUUAAAAUGACAGGGCUGAAAAUGUUCGAAACUUUAUUUAAAACAAAAGUCUUUUCUUUGUAUGAAAGCACCUUUAAGUUAUUGUAGUGUAAGUAAACAUAUGUUUUAUGUGUGCGGGAAAGCUCAUGUUUCCAUUUAGUUUGAUGCUGGCUGUGCAUAUAUAUUAAACAUAAUAUAUUUGUAUAAAAUCAUCAUCAAAAAAUGUGAGUUAAACCAGCAGCUGAUUGCAUAAUAUGCUUUGAAGUUGUUUAAUUAUCUUCAAGAUAUUACAUUCUGUCAAAUAAAAUUAUAUUUACAACUUACAUUUCAUUCAAAAGUAGUAAUUUAAGGAAGGGUGCUUUGAGCAAUUACCUGAUAUUUUUGUCAAUAAGGACACACAGUGGAUUAGGACAUUUUUAUUUAAUUUUGUUUGUUUUUUUCAAUUGACAUUGUUACUUCCAUAAUCUGCCAAAUCAAGUUUGUACAUCUUUUGGAUGAUCUUGGUUGAGAUAAACUGCUGAGAAACAAGAUGUGAUAGUUGUUUCUGCUGGCUGUUAAUAAGGGGCUCACAGGGAAUCAGUAGCUAAAUUUUCACCACACCUGAUCUUUUUAUUGAAAUUCAUGGAACUACAAUUCAGACACCUUUGGAGAUUCAUUUCAUGAUCUCACUGUAACUUCUACAUGGUUUGAAAUGAAAAUUCUUGGAACCAUAAAUAAAAAUUGUGUAGCUGGCUGCCAAAUUGCUUGAAGUUUGUUUGCACUGCACAGUUGAGACAAUCAUUUAUGACCUGGAAAAUAUAUGAAUGCAGGCUAAGCAAAAAUGACAAUUUCCAUCUCCCUACUACUGAUAUGGUUUAGCUGGUAUUCAGGUGUUUUUAGAACAGUGCAGGUAGCUUCAUCUGCAGCCUCCAACAUCCAGACAAAGCCUGAGGCAACAUUUCACAAAUUGACUAACAGCAAAUUUGUAAAAACGUUUAUGCCUUUUAUUGGAUUAUAAAGUUAACCA